GAUUCAAUACAAGGGAUUAUUAGAACUGGUGCUGAGAAGAACGAUCAAGUUUGAUCUGGACUCACUGAAAACACCGUAGUAAAUUGUUCAGACUCCAUUUAACUGAGAGUUAAGAAUUAAUACUAUUAGUGAAAUCCUGGCUUGGUUUACUUGGACCAAGUUUUAUAGUUUAUUAAACCUUUAUCAAGAUGGCUAAUUCUAAGCAAAGUUCCUUGUUUCUCAUCUUAUGGUUUACCGCAUGUGACAGUUUUGUCUUGGAAGGAUCGUCCACAUCCCAUGCUCAGUUCAACAAGUUGUUUGUGGGGCUAAACGGUUCCUUGAAGUUUGAGUUUGAAACCAGUGAACUCAAUGGACUUUUGUUUUAUACUGAUGACGGAGGAAAUAGCGAUUUCUAUGAGCUCAAACUCGUAGAAGGGACUUUAAGGUUAAGAUGCAAUUUUGGGGCUGGGUCUGUCCUCUUCAACGUCGGUCGAGCAUUAAAUGACGGAGAGUGGCAUCAUGUGGAAAUCGUACGGAACGGCGAAGAGAUUUUGUUACAAGUUGAUGAAGAAAUUGCAAAUCGCAUACUGCCCGGAAAAGAUCUUGAGUUUGGCAACAUUUCAACGAAUAGUCUUGUCUUUUUCGGGGGGCUACCUAGCUGGUAUAAAACAAAGCUUUACAAGUUGUCUCUGCCCUCCGCUUUCUACGAACCUCAUUUCAAAGGAGCUGUUCGAAACGUUGUUUACGCUAGUGAUGAAGCACCACCGCAAAGCGAAGAUAUGACAGCCUUUGUGGGAGUACGAAGCAAAGAGAUUAACCAUUGCCUGUACCAUAACCCUUGUCAACACGGAGGGAUGUGCAUUAGUACAGACAACAGCAGUUUCUGUGACUGUCACAAUGUAGAUUACGUAGGGAACUUUUGUGAAAAAGAAAAAUCACCUUCAGAAGCCACCUUUCGGGGAACUGAAUUUCUGAGCUUCAAUAUCUCAGGAGAAGAGUUCAUCCUCAGUUUAAGUGACAAAGUAUCUCUCUUUUUUAAGACACGCCAGCCCAACGGGAUCCUGUUUUACACAGGAGAAGGAGAAAAUUUUUUUACUUUGGAACUACGAGAUGGGAGCGUGGUCCUUAUGGUCAAUUUAGGCUCUGGUUCUCUAGAGAGAGUCAUACGUCCCGCUAGAGUGCGCUUUGAUGACAACCAAUGGCACAAAGUUGUCGUUCAUCGCAAAAUUCGACAAAUCACAGAUGCCACAAGCUUCUGUCACCUUUCUCUUGCUGUUGAUGGUGUCUACACACAGCGAGGGUCUACAGCAGGUACCUUUGUCUUCUUGUCCAGCAAGCAGCUUUAUCUAGGGGGCAGUGACAUAGCUAACGGACAUCUUGGUAUACAGGAACAAGUCAGUUUCGUUGGAUGUCUGCGCAAAGCUCGCUUCACAGCAGACAGUUUAAGUCUGGAUUUGAUCGAACUUGCUGAAAGAGGAAGUAUGCUCAUACGUCCCCACGGAAACCUUCAAUUUGUAUGUCACGAGGUUGAGGCAGCUGAUCCCAUCACUUUCACUACUAUGGAGUCAUUUCUGGCACUUCCCUGCUGGGAGGCACCUCGAAGAGGAUCGAUAUUCUUUAAGAUCAGGACCAACGAACCUAAUGGUGUCCUCAUGUACAACAGCGGCUCCACCGAACAAGGAGAUUUCUUUGCCUUUGAGCUUUUGGCAGGUCACGUGUAUCUGUUAUUAAACUUAGGUUCGGGAUCGGUAAAAGUAAAGGCCACUACUCGUCGAGUAGACGAUGGUCAAUGGCACUCGAUCUCCUUGACAAGAAAGAGCACAUCAGGACGAGUGAUUGUAGACGAAUAUUCUGUUGAGUUUUUUGUGCAAGGCAAUUCUAAUCAACUUGACUUACAAGGCCCUCUAUAUCUCGGAGGAGUGGGGAUGAAUAGGGAAGGAAGGACUAUUCCACUUGAAUUCUGGUCGGGAAAAUUGCAGUAUGGUUAUGUAGGGUGUAUGAGAGACCUCAUGGUAAACGACAAUCCAGUGGAUAUCGCCCUGUUCGUCCAGAAACAAGAUUCGGGCAGUAUUCGCCCAGUCUGUCACACAUCGCCUCCCCUGUGUGAUAGCCAGCCAUGCUUAAAUGGAGGAUUCUGUACCGAAGGCUGGAAUCGCUUUAUCUGUGAUUGUAGCAGAACGAACUUUACCGGACCUGUCUGUGCGAAAGACGCUACAACUGUCAGCUUUGAUGGACACCAGUACAUAAGGAUUCGAAUUCCAGAGGUUUCUCAGACUCAAGCUGAAGACAUUAAACUCAGAUUUCGAUCCAGUCGUCCAAGUGGGUUACUGUUGACUACAACACUGAAAAAGUCAACCAACCACCUGGUGGUAACCUUAGAAUCUGGCAAGAUUAAAAUUACCUUUAACUUGGGAGAUGAAAAGAAGGUUCUUCAUAUUGGUCAUGGACUAAACGACGAUCAGUGGCACACACUGCACCUUAUUCGCCGUGGUCACAUUAUCGUGGUCAGAGUCGAUUCGGAAUCUCUAACAGGAGAAUUAGUUGGCCAUCAGACGACUCUGGAGUUCCAAGACCUUCAUAUUGGAGCCUAUACAUCUUCCAAAUUUCCUGCUUUCUCUCCCCACAUCCAGACCAGGGAUGUUACCAAUUUUACUGGUCAUAUGCAGCAGUUUGAGUUUAAUGGACAUAGUUUCUUCGAGAUGGCUAGAACUGGCCAGCUUAAAGAUAUUCGGAUGACAGCGAAGUUUGGAAAGAAAGAACAAAUUAUUCAUCACCCCGUUACGUUUAAAUCGAAAUAUACCUAUUUAGGGUUUUCCCAGUUGAAGGCCUAUUCCGCAAUGAAUUUGUAUUUCCAAUUUAAGACACUAGAGCCAAACGGUUUAAUCCUCUACAACGCCGGAAGAGAGCAAGACUUUAUUGCUAUCGAACUAGUAAAUGGACAUCUUGAUUACAUUUUUAACCUUGGAGACGGCCCCAGAAAAGUGAGGUCGAACACAAGACGGACUUUGAAUGAUAACAGAUGGCAUGCAGUGACAAUUGGCCGACAUGUUUUGCGUCAGUAUACUUUAAUGGUUGAUGACAUGAUCGCUACGGUGACCAGCACAGGCUCUAAUGUACACCUAGAUUUAGAUGGACUUCUAUAUCUAGGAGGAGUGAGAAGGAACAUGUAUAACUAUCUGCCAAAAUUGAUUCAGUCGAAGCACGGAUUCGAGGGCUGCUUAGCUUCAUUGGACUUUAAUGGAGAAACUGUAAACCCUACUGUCGACGCUAUCGUACCCAGCACAUUGGUGUCAGAGAGUUGCACUGGAGCCGAUACCAAAUGCAGCAACAGGGCUUGCGCCAACAAAGGUGUGUGUGUUCAAUUAUCGAAUGGCUACACAUGUGAUUGCGAUAUGACGUCAUUUACUGGUCCUACGUGUUCUGAUGAGAGUAUAGCCUACGAUUUCGGCAGUGGUUCUGGAAUAAUUACAUUCACAUUUACACUGGAUCGACGUCCUGACACUGAAACAGAUCUUCUGACACUGGGUUUUAUUACAGUCAGCGACAACGCCGUGCUCGUUCGAGUUGAUAGCGGCACAAGUAACGACUAUUUACAACUUGAAAUAAUGGAGGGAACCAUCUUUGUAGUUUACAACCUCGGCACCCAAGACCAUCCAGUUGGAGAGCUGAGUGCGAGGGUAGAUGACGGCCAGUACCACGUGGUUCGGUUCAUCCGCUCCGGGCCCAACUCUACGAUACAGCUUGACCACCACAACGUUGUUACGAAGCAUCCAAGUGGAAAGCAAUUAACAAUAUUCAACAGCCACUCUAAAAUCCAAAUUGGAGCCAAGAAAAUUCUAAAUACUGGCCAGUUGGAAAAACCAUUUCACGGAAUUAUUGCUGGACUGGUGUUCAAUGGUGAUAGACUUCUGGACAUGGCUUCUGAGGGAGAUCCAAGGGUAAUAGUGGAGGGUGACGUAGAAGUCCUGGUAUCUAUCCCAUAUGAUCUGAGUCGCAUGAAAAACUUAGAUCAGCCUACAGCUAGGUUUUUCUACAACGGAGAUGAUCUGAUAUUUUCUGGAGUAGGAUCUGGAUGCUUUGACGACGAAGACAACUGCAGAGUUGUGGAGGUUGGAUCAG